AAAAAAAAGAUUGCAUCACCAUAACAACUACUGUAUGUAUAGCAUAGCAUCCAGUUGCAUUAAUAAUUUUUUCAGUUAAUGAUUUUGUGAUUUCAGUUCUCAUCAACCUUUUCCGUGAUCUAUACUUAAAACUCCCUACCACCAUCAUCUGAAAAUUAUGGGAAUCGAUGAAAUAAACAUUCCGAAAAGGAAUGCUUGCCCUUCUAACUCACCUUUAGUGCAUCCUUUCCUGAUGAGGUCUUACGGUGAUGUAUUCAACUCCACGCAAUGCAGAGGGAUGAGGCCUUUUCCCUCUCCGACGAAAAGCCCAAUAUGGGACCAACACAGGCAGGCACCUGGAAUGAGGGGUAAAUGGCCAACAAAAGAGCAAUUGAUUCUAUUACGUGAUUCUAAUAUCGUCUCGCAGAAAGACUUAUUGACCAAAUCACCAUGGCAAUUACAGAAGAAGAGGAAAUCGAUCAAAGAGGAGGAGUUGGAUCGCAUCCGUAAGCAAUGCGGACAGAGGCGGGAUUUAGCAAAGGAACGAUCACAGUUGGUUAACCAGCAGGUCUUCGACAAUUGGUUGAAGGGUAAGAUAAAAGCUCGGAAGGAGGAAGCAUUGGAUCACUUGAGGCAAUUGAAAGUGGAAGAAGAUAGGAAGAGCUUGUUUGCCGAGUACAUCGAAAGGAAGAAUAUAGACGAAGUUGAACAUUGGUUGAUGAAUAAAAUGAGUCUUGUUGAGGAAGUCAUCGACGCUAAAAAUAUGAGUAAAGAAAUGCAAAAAUGGUACGAAGCCCAAAAGGAAUCGAUGAAGGAAAAGUUGUUGAAGAUGUGGGGUUACCAGUACUUUCGUUCCCUUCCUAACGUUGACGUAAGGAGGAGUUCCAAGUUCAGUGGGUACGUAACGCCGGGACCGAAAUGGGCGCACAGGCAAACUCUUGAAAACAAGAAAAUAUCGACAAACCUCGGCAAGAUUGAUCACCAAGUGAAAUUUGCCUGAGUUAACCAUUCUUCAAUAAAAAUAUUAGAAUUUCUUUGUUGUAA